GGGCCAGAAUCGCAAUCUAGCGGAACAAAAUUAAUUACUCCAAAACGAAGCAUUUCUGACACAUGGUAUCUUCGACAAAGUUGCUUGACAUCAGCAGGGGCAUCUAUUGAUAAGAAUGUAGUAGUUCGCAACUCGUCCGCAUAGGUGGCGCCACCAUCUAACUUCUUUGUUUUACGUCCUAGAGACUUGGCGUCUUCGGCAAAGUUGUUCAUUUUGGCAAAAUAAACAACUCUUUCUCACACGGAAACAAAUCUUGUAGUAAAUAUGGUUAGCAACCAAUGUUUGAAUUAACUACAGUUAUAUCUAUUGAAAAUAACAACAACAUUAGUCAAAAUAACUGAAUUCUUGUCAAAAAUACUAUGGUUUCUUAAAAAAACCUAUAGUAUUUCUGACUAUUUUAUGUAGUUAAAAAAAGAAUGCUUUUGAUACUAUAAAUACCAUGUUUAUGGUAAAUAUCACCAUGUUUUUUUUACAAACCUCAAAAUCUUUUCUUCACUGCUUUAUUUUACCAUGUUUGUUGGUGAAAUAAGAGUGUUGUACCGACAAUUUUCAGCUGACUACAUUUUGCGUUUAAGUUUACUAUGAACAUAGUAAAUUUCACUCAGCGCAACUCGAUGCUUGACAGCGCGCCAUUUUGUAAACGAGUUCUCUUCAAAUUCAGACGCGUGUGCCUUUAUUUCAAGUUUUAUUUUCGUGAAAUCAGUGAAUUUAGAAUGAGUCUUUUGGAGAAAGUAGAAAAAAUUAACGUAAUAGUGGAUGCCGCACUGGAUGACCCGGAAAUCAUUGAAGAGGAGAACCAUAAUCCGGAGCUUGAAAAGCUGAUUUGCGAAUGGAAUUUAAGUCCCGCUAUUUAUGCGAUUCUCGUUCAACACGGAUUUACAGUCGAAUAUCUCGAGAAAAUGGAUGAAAAGUCAUUGGAUGACGUCUUUUCGGUGACCAAAUGGACGGGACAUAAAUUUGCGCUGCGGCAGAAGUUGGUCUUGUGGCCGAAAAGUGUCAUGUGUCAAUCGGCAAGCACAUCGAGCGUAUCUCAAAGCGCCCCAGCAGCUGCACCAGUCGUUCUUGAACCAACAACAGUAAAACUCCACACAAAUCCCUUCAAGCAUCGCCUGCUGCCAACUUCCGUGACGUCCGAACUGCUGCGCGACAUUCUGAGUCGUAACGAAAAGGGGAAAAUCGUCGUCAAAUAUUUCGAAACGCAUCAGAGUCUUAACGUCACUCAUCGGAAAUAUCUGGCGCACACGGUCGUUGACUAUUAUAUCGCCAACGAUCUUUACUUUCCACUCCCUGACAUGGCAAAGUUUGCUCAGUUGAUCGCUGAACGUUUCUCAAAUGAAUUCGCUGAGACCUACUACAACCCAAGAGACAUCAAGGCUGAAAAAAAGCAUCCCUCCGGUUUGAUUUACGAUCGGUUCCACAACCGAAACAAAAAAGCGUUGAUCAAACCAAAAUCUUCCACGGACAAGGAAAACAUCUUUCGUGGGGCCAAAUCGACUGCACUAAACCUAUCUGAAGAAGGUAAUUAAGCUUUAUAUAAGGAAUGAACCACUAUUUUUAA